AUGAUGUUGGGGAAGGUCGCAGUCUGUGGGGUCAUCCUGUUUUGUCUUCUGUGGACAGAAGAGUCCGAGGCUGGAUCCAGCUUUCUAAGUCCGGCAGAUAUGCAGAAAAAUGCGGGCAAGAAACCCCCCAAAAAGCUGAUUUACAACAACAUGAACCGCAGAGGGGUGGGAGAAGACCCCUGGGACAGUCUUGCGGAUGAGCGGCCUGAAGAUCAGAGAGAGAUCGGGGUCAAAAUUCCCUUGGACAUUAAUCUGAUAAUGACGCAGGAACAGUUCCAGCAGCAGAAAGCCGCCAUACAGGACAUGGUGUUUGGGUUCCUGUCUCUCGCUUCCUCUCACGAUAUAGAGGAAACGGAUGAAUAG